GUGCAUGCCGUUGUGUGGUUUGUUGUGUUUGGAAAAAUUAAAUUUUCAUCAUAAUUAUUGCAUCAUUUUCGAAAAUUGAUUUUUAUAAUAUCGAAUAAUUCGUUGACAUUCAUUCAUCAAUUUAAAUCAAAGAAUGUACAACGGAAUCGGUUUACAAACCGCUCGUGGGAGCGGCACCAACGGUUAUGUUCAACGUAAUCUUAGUUUUGUUCAUGUGUCUAAACCAAAAAUCGAUUAUAAAACUGAAGAAGAAAUUCGCCGAUUUGAAUCCGAAUAUUUAAAGGCACCAAAUCGAGAGAUACUCGAACAUCAUCGUAAACGUAAAAUUGAAGUUCAAUGUUUAGAAUUGGAAGAAAAAUUGGAAAAGAAAGGGUUAAGCGAAGAUGAAAUACAAAAACGUGUAGAUGAAUAUCGACAAGAAUUGCAGAAAAAAAUGCUAAAGGCAUUAGAAAAUCGCCAGGAAUUUAUUGAAGAAAUUCUUAAUAGUAAAGGUGUCAAAGAGACCCAUCAAUUGGCCGAAUUGAAUCGUGAUCGUAAUGACAAAUUAAAAGCAGCUUUAGGUAUAAGCGAAGAUUUUGUGGCCGGCUCGUCCAUGGAUAUCAUACGUAAAGCAAAAGAACAACAAGCUGCUAAAGAAGAAAUGCUAAAAGCUAAUAAAGAUUUCAUACAGGAAACUAUUCGACAGCAAAGUGAAUCAAAGGGAAAUAAAAAUAGUAGAAAUGAUGAAACCGAUGCUAUUAAAACAUCUAAAAAGAAAAUUAAAAAAGAAUCAAGUUCAGAUGACGAUGAUUCAUCGGAUAGUUCAUCAUCAUCUUCAUCAUCAAGUGGCUCAGAAUCGAAUAGUUCAUCCGAAUCCGAAUCAUCAUCUGAAUCCGAUUCAGAAUCAGAAAAAAGUAGCAGCGAUAGUAGUAAUUCGGAUAGCAAUAGUUCAGAAGAUGAAUCAUCAUAUGAUUCACAUCGUAAAAAAUCUCAACCAUCAAAACAUCGACAUGGAAGUCUUAAACAUUCAAAAUUCCACCAUCGCCAUAAUCGUCGACAUUCCCCAUCACAAAGGUCAAGAUCAAAGUCGCCAGCUGUUUUUGAAAAUAAACGAAGAUCGUAUGAUAAUCAUCAUCGUAUUCAUCGUAAAACAAAUCGCAAGGAUUCUCAAUCUCCAAGAAGAGACUCUCCUUCACUAUCGAAUGGCCGUCGUGAUGAUAAUGUUAAAAAAAUGUCUCCCGAACAUGAUCAUCACCGAUCGUCAAACAGUCGAAUUAAAUCGGUCGUUUCAUCAAGCCAUCAUCGAGUUGAUCGCCAUCGCCAUAAUGAUGAACGUGAAAAAUCUCCAUCAUCCCGUUAUCAUCGUAGUAAAUAUUUAUCGAGAUCUAAAAGUAGAAGUCCAGUUCAUUCGCGUCGAACACAUCAUUCUAAAUUGUCAAGGAGUCGUUCUCCGUCAUCAUCAUCUUCGUAUUCGGAUGAUGAAAUAGACGAUAAGAAUUAUCGUCACCAAAAUAAAAAUAACCGAAAACGUCAACGUUCACGAUCAGUAUCAAUAUCCAAUUCAUCGUCUAGUGAUGAUUAUGCUCACAAUUCUGGUGACAGCCCAUCUCUCGGUAGACGAAAUAAAAAAAUGAAAAAAUAUUCACGAUCUCGUAGUCCAUCUAUACCAAGACGAAAAGGUUCGCCGAGUUUCCUUGAGAAACGUAGAAUAACCAGUGCACGUAAACGACCAGUUCCCUAUCGCCGUAAUGGAUCAUCGGCAUCAUCAUCGGGAACAACGCCAUCAAACAAUAAGGCUUCUAUUGGUAAUGUUUUUGAUUUAUCACCACCGCUUCGAUAUAGAAAUUAGCAUAUAAUAACAAUGAUAAUACUCAUACAUUUCAUAAUAAUUUAUAUAUUGACGCUUAGAAUUUCAGUAAUA